CCCCACCCCACCCCACCCCACCCCACGCCACCCCCAGCCCCCCACUCCAUAUUUUCUUCACUUCACUCUCACCUCCUUCAAUUCUCUCCAUCAUUCAAGGCCGCAAAUUUCUCCACUAAACCCGUUUCCUCCAUUACUGUUCAUACAACCAGGCUCAUUGUGAGUAUACAUUCAAUGGAGGAAAAACAGCUUGAUUUGAAUGCCCCUCUACUCUCCGUAAGACGAUUAUCACCCGCUCGUCGAAAUAUCGACCAAAUACCGACCAAUUCGGUUGCAAAAUCAAGACCAACCCGACAACAAUCGCUUCCAGCUUCCAAACCCCAGUGGGAACCCGAACAAGAAGUCACGAAACCCGCAGCCAUUCCCUUCAUCUGGGAACAAAUUCCGGGCCAAGCAAAAUACCGAAAAACCCCCAAUUCAAACCCGCCUGAACCCGCCACGAAUUCUCCAAGACUUUGUUCAACUAUAAACUCAAAUGAUGAACAACCAUCAGAAGAGUUGUUACAUCCUGAUGCAUUUGACACACUUUCCAUGUCGUAUUCGUCGUAUUCGUGCAAUUACAGCGAAGAUAACAGCGAUGCAGAGUCGUUAACAUCGUUUGGUAUCGAUUUCAACACUCGUGAGUAUCUAAUGAACCGGUUUUUGCCAGCUGCGAAGUCUAUGAUAGUUGAAACUCCACAAUAUGUUACCAAGAAGCAGGAACCUGUUCCUGAGCCACCUACGUAUGUUAAGAAGGUUUAUAGCGGCGAACUGAGGCCGUUAUUGCUCGAAAAGUAUCCGGUUAAUUCGCUUAAUCAGGAGAGUGAUAAGGAAUGCGUGGUGGUUGAUGAGACGAAGAAGAAGUCGGGUAAAAAGGGGUUUGGAUUGUUUUUUCUGCCUCGGAUAUGCACGAGACGUUCUUCGUGUAUUUCGAAUCCGAUGACUGGACCGAAGACGAAGGUUCAUCAGAGUCAGUCUCCGAGGGCGGAAUCACCGGGUCCGGCUCCGGGUCCGAUUCCCCGGCUGUCAAGAAGAACGUCGUACAGUGGACCACUGACUCCCAGUCUUGAGAAGCAAGCUAUGGAUGCCGUAAUCAAGAAGCGAGCCGAGUCACGACCGAAAGAGGCCCACGAAACUCAACAUAAAUCAAAUCCAUUCACUCGAUCGGGUAACUCACUACCAUCAUCUCCCCAUCGAAGUUUGUCGCGUAGCGGUCGCAGUAUAUCCCCCUAUCGUAACGAAUCCCCUCGCUCUCCGUUCCACGAUGGGGCCCGGUUUCUUGGAGUUCCAAAAGACGUUCAAAAUCGAAUCGCACAACCCAAAACUUGCCCGUCCCUUAAUGUGAAAAGUCAUUUUUCGCCUCGUUUGAUACACGAUAGUCCUCCGGUUGUACCCGAGAAAACAUUGUACAUAGAUUGGAAUGAAAAAUCAACAAGCCCGACGCCACAAGAGGCCAAGAUUGAGACAGAUGGUGAUGUGGAUGGCUCGGUUCGUGUGCCUCCGUUGCCUAAAUCACCCUCGGAAUCAUGGCUUCGGCGUAAGAUGAGUUUAAGAAGUCAUUUUCCUAAGAAAAUGCAACCGGUUCCUAUUGAGAAGAGUCCUAAAAGUGGACCAAAAUGGGAGACCAUUGUGAAGACUUCUAAUGUGCAUCAUGAUCAUGUCCGGUAUUCCGAGGAACUACUUAACGUUUCCAAGUACAGCGAGAUCUCAUUUUGAGACAAAAACGGAUAGGAUGAUUGAUUAACUUGCGAAGAAUGUGAGGCUGUUUCGUUUUUCUGAUGGCCCCUUGAUGAGUCGGUUUCUGCAUACGCGUUUUAUGUUUGUUUUUUGGUAGUUUUAGAAAUUAUUAUUUGUGAACGGGUUGGAUUGAAUUGGAUGAUUGUUUUUUGCAUCCCGAUUUGUGAUCUUGUUAACAGUUGAUAUUGUUCAAUGUAUGAACACAUUGUUCUUAUGUGAAUUGAACUUUGUAAUAGAAACCAAAGAGAUUGUUUGUGUUUUAAAGGGAAUGAACAGAGUUUCCUGUA